CCCCUGAAAACAAAGAAGAAGAAGACGAGGAAGUUUCUCCAUAGAAACAGGAGACGCCACAGUUUAUUCAUUGCACAUUAGCUAAGUGCUGCGGGAGGUGGCUGUUUUGUGAAGCGCUUACUGACUAUUUGACGUGAUACAAGCCAUCUGAAUACAUGACGGUUUUUAAUUUAAGUGAUCUGAAUGUACUUAGCUUGACAAACAAAGGGUUUAGCCUCUUGCUAGCCAACAUUAGGUUCCCACAUCUGACAGGAGAAAACACGGUUAUCUGUUGUUAUCAUGGCGUAAUAGCAUGCAUUCUUGUACAGUAUAUGAAGAUAAACUAAGUAACAGUUACCCAACCUAAAGUACAUAGUGUUUCGGUGUGAAGAUGUGGAAACGAGGCAGUCAAAGCUCGGCUCUGAACCGAGCCCAGGCAUUGCUGGUCGCCAAGAAGAACAGCAGGGGCGACGGACAGUCCACACAGGGGUCUCCUGCCGAAACACAGGUAACAGAGGGUACUGGUGAUGGGUUUAUCAAUAUCAGAUCUGCUCCUCCGAAUACCAACACACUUUUUUCAGGGCUGAGUGACCUGUCGUCAUCAAUCUCAGCUACAAAGCAUAAAGCUAACUCCACAAACUACACUUCUCCCAAGAAGAACCAAGCAAGAUUGGAUAUUGGACCUCAAAGCUCUAUGGGAGGAGGAGGGAACAGAUUUCUGAAGAAAGCUUCACCACCUGUGACAAACAGCAGCCAGUCACCUGUCAGUAUAAACCACAUUCAGCAGAUGCCUGAACCAAGAUGUGUUUUAUCUUCCCACCAUGGCUCACAGGCUGCAGUUUUAAGUACACUGGCUCAAAUUGAGAGUCGCAUUCACAGCCAUCCACAGCCCCAGGAGCAGGCUAGAAAGGGGCCGCAACCUGACCAUAAUCCAAUUCCCAGUUUGGCAACCCAACAAAAAGCAGUCACACAGACUGUGGAGGCUACUACACUACUAAGCUCAGCACAGUCCAGCAAUCACCAGAACCAUAAGGUCAAACGUUUCCUGAAAAACAAAGUGAUGACUUCUGAGUCUUCAGAAGGUUCAGGUUCUAGUGCUGCUGCUGCUACAUUCCCUUUGAGGGGCAUAGAGACCAAUUCAGUGAAAGUAGAUUAUGUUGUGAGUCUGGAAAGUGACGAAGAGGACAUGAGGAAACUGCUUGGAGAUUUAUUGGAUUCAACAGACAACAGCUUCUUGAGACCAGAAAAAAGCCCUUCUAUAACGAAGACAGAAAAGAUGUUGAGUCAGACCCAGUCCACCCCUCCUUCAGCUGCUGUUCAGCAUCUGCCAUCCAACACAGCAGCGCUGUGCUACCCUGGCUCUCCUUCCCACCACAGUUCUUCGUUUAGAUUCAUCGGUCAAGCUCAGGCUUGCUUCAGCCCUUCCGCUGUUUCCCUAUCCCCAUCUCCGCCUUGUGUUUCCCCUUUACUUUCCAGGAGACUGAGCAUGUCUCGCAGGGUGGACGGUUCCCAGCAUUCAAUCUGCUCAGUGUCAGGCCACAGUGAGGUUCUCUCUCUGGAAGAACUCUUCCCUGUGCAGCCUGCCUCUGAAGAUCUCCACAAUGUGAUGAGUGUAGUUUCUUCUGAAGACUUUAAGUUAAAUGUAAUGACAUUGGAUGACUUUGUGCCGGCUCCUUCUGGUUUUACAGAGAAAAUGCCAGGAAAACAGAGGAACAAACACAAUCUAUCUAUGUCUGAAUCCCCAGUGAGACAUGAGAGAAGAUAUAGGAAAGCAAAACAGCAGCAACAUGAGGAGGAAAAAGAAGACAUGUUGGACUACCAAAGUGAUUUUGAGAGUGAGAGCCAGCGAGAGCAAAGUUAUAGUGCCAGCCAGAUUUCAGAGCAGUUGAUUGGAAAUGGAGAUGAAGAGGUGGCAUUGAAGGUCAGAGAUGAGGCUUCAGUUUCAGACUUGUUCCAUGGGAGGACAGAAGAUGAUUACUCUGACAUUUUGUCAGACCCAAGUCACUCGUGCAUGUCACAGACCUCAGAUUACAGUGACACGUCAGAGUCACUCAGCAGAAGCAGGGACUCUAGAUCCCCAGUGUCACACAUCAACCAGACCUCAUAUUGCCAGUCAGACAGGCAUCCAGCAGCCAGAAGGCUUGUUCAAGAGGCAGCAGUACAGACACAGCCUGCAACCCACACAUGGCCAACUGUGGUCAGCACCUACAACCCAACUGUGUUUGUGCUAAAUGCAAUGCUGAAACACCAACUUGCCACCACAAGACAGUUCAUUGAAAGCAGCCGCCGCAUUCACACCAGCCUUGUGCGGAGCCUAGAGCCACCAGACUACAGAUACACCACACUGGAGGAAACCAAGGAGUACAUUCGAAUGCACAGACCUUCCAAGUUGACAAUGAAGGAAGCUUUGAAUGAGGUGAUGCAGGAGAUGGAAGAAAAGAAGUGCACGAUGUGACUGAACCCACAAGAACUUAUACCAUUUCUUCUUGUUAAAAAUGUAAAACAUUUUUAGUACAGUAGUACAUUUUUAGCCAUUCAUAAAACAAUCAAUGAAGAUUAAAAGUGAUUUGUCUUCACUGUUCAUUUAGUCAAAGGAUUCAACCAUCUAUUGCAAGUAACAAACUGUUUAUUUAAAAAAUAAUGCAUAAAUCAUGUUUUGUUGUGAUACAGGACUACACCGCUAACCAUAUUUCUAAAUGUGAAAUCAGUAAGUGCAAGAUCUGACAACAUGUGAAGCUGACUUGACGUGAUGAGGUUGUUAAAGGCACAAAUUCAGGUUAUAGUGAGAAUUUUUAGUAGGGAUCAUUGAAGGGGUAGUAAGGAUGUCCAGCAUCCCUAGGAACACGCUUUCCCUCCACCUGUAACAUCCAAAGCAAAGUGAAUACAUUUGUUAUUGCUCUUUA